CUGCAGACUGCACGCUCGCUCUCACCAUUUGAGCGCUCCCAUCUCGUCCCUCUCCCACCAUCAGCUAUAAUUCCCUUCAAUUACUCUCUCUCCCUCGCUCUCCUCCCCACUUCCUUCGCUCCUCAUCUCUUCCAUCCAUGGCGGACCACGUCGGCCACCACGAUUCCCUGGUCGAUAAGAUCACCGAGAAGAUCCACGGCCACGACGGAUCCUCUUCCUCCUCCUCCUCCGAUUCCGACGAUGACAGCAAGCCUUCCAAGGUCGAUGCCGUCAAAUCCAAGAUUUACCGCCUCUUCGGCAGAGACAAGCCCGUCCACAAGGUCUUGGGCGGCGGCAAACCUGCUGAUGUUCUCCUGUGGAGGAACAAGAAGAAUUCAGGAGCAGUGCUUGGUGUUGCAACUGUGAUCUGGGUUCUGUUUGAAUUGCUUGAGUAUCAUCUCAUCACUCUAGUUUGCCAUUUGUCGAUACUCUCCCUGGCUAUCCUCUUCCUGUGGUCCAAUGCCUCUACCUUCAUUAACAAGUGCGUGGUGUUUCUUACAUCACCGCCCCAAAUUCCCGAAGUUGUGAUCCCUGAGAAGUGCAUCCUUGAAGUUGCAUCUGCAUUGAGAAUCGAGUUCAACCGUGGGUGCACCGUUCUGCGUGAGAUUGCAUCCGGGAGAGAUCUCAAGAAGUUUGUGAUUGUGAUUGCUGGCUUGUGGUUUAUCUCCAUCAUCGGGGGUUGCUGCAACUUCUUGACCUUGUUCUACAUUGUGUUUGUGUUGCUACACACUCUACCCGUGCUGUACGAGAAAUAUGACGACAAGGUUGAUGCAUUUGCUGAGAAGGCGAUGAUCGAGCUGAAGAAGCAGUAUGCAGUGUUCGAAGAGAAGGUGUUGAGUAAAAUUCCUAAAGGGCCAUUGAAGGAUAAGAAGAAGGUUUAGAGAUGAUUGACUAAGGUUCUUUUAAUUGAUUGUGUACUUUCAGGGUUCCCAUUUUUGAGUGGCUUAGUUCUGCUUAUAUCCACUGCAUCGUAUGAAUGCUCCGAAGAAUUUAGAUGGAAUAUCGUAAUCCGUUAAAGAUACGGUGGUGAGCUCUAGAUUACGUUUUAUAGUGCAGAAAUAAAUUGAUAGCGUUUGCAUUAGAGAGAUUCAAUAGAAAGAUGAA